AUGGAUCUGUUCAGGAAGCUGUGGAAGGCGAGGAAGCUGAUCGUUGUGGUGUUCAUCCCGCUGUCUCUGCUUCCCUUACCGCUCAUCCAUCCCACUAGCGAGGCAUGCUGUGCAUAUGUGCUGAUGGUGACAGCAGUCUACUGGGUGUCAGAGGCUGUUCCCUUGGGUGCUGCUGCUCUGGUCCCCGCUUUCCUCUAUCCACUCUUCGGGGUACUCAAGUCCAGUGAGGUGGCUGCUGAGUACUGUAAAGACACCACUCUGCUGUUAAUGGGAGUCAUCUGCCUGGCAGCCUCCAUAGAGAAGUGGAACCUGCAUAAACGCAUUGCUCUGCGCAUGGUGAUGAUUGCAGGGGCCAAGCCUGGCAUGUUGGUGCUGGGCUUCAUGUGCUGCACAGUGUUUCUGUCCAUGUGGCUCAGCAACACGUCCACCACAGCCAUGGUGAUGCCCAUAGCUGAGGCCGUCCUGCAGCAACUCAUCUGCACCGGUCUGGCCGACCAACAUGACGACUCAGAAACUGCUGAGACCCCUGAGGAUGACAGCGCUGUUUUAGACAAAGAAGAGAACCUGGACAAGAACCAGUUAGAGCUGCUCUAUCGCAACGACAGCAGUGACUGCACUAAACAUGAGCUUUCUACACUAACUGAGGUACAGACUGGGGAGGUAAAUGGUUUUGGUCUGAAGCCAGUCUCUAACCAGGACUUCAUCAGACACGCCAAUGGACACCUGCCGCAGGCUGCGAUCGAAAUCCCAAACGUGAAGCGGGUGAAGGCCAGGAGAGACUCCCAGUAUCCCACCAAGAGGGAUCACAUGAUCUGUAAAUGCCUAUCGCUCAGCAUCACCUACGCUGCAACCAUUGGAGGACUCAUCACCAUCACAGGCACAUCUACCAACCUCAUCUUUGCUGAGCAGUUUAAUACUCGUUAUCCAGAUGCAAAGGUGAUAAACUUCGGCACUUGGUUCAUCUUCAGCUUCCCCAUUGCCAUUGUCAUGCUGGUCCUCACCUGGCUGUGGUUGCAUUUCCUCUUCCUCGGCUGCAACUUUAGGGAAACAUGCUCGCUGAGUAAGAAACGCAAAACCAGGAGAGAGAUGCUGUCAGAGAGGAGGAUCCACGAGGAGUAUGCAAAACUAGGACCCAUCAGCUACCCAGAAGUGGUGACUGGUGUUUUCUUCAUCCUGAUGACUCUGCUGUGGUUCACCAGAGAGCCAGGUUUCGUGCCUGGCUGGACGUCUCUGUUUGAGAAGAAAGGCUACAGGACCGAUGCAACAGUGUCUGUCUUUCUUGGCUUCUUGCUUUUCCUCAUCCCUGCCAGGAGACCCUUCUGUUCAUCCUCCACCUCCCCUUCCUCCAACUGUAAAGACACAGGUCAGCACCAUGCACUUUCUGACCCGCUGGCUCCUAUGAUCACCUGGAAGGACUUCCAGAGACUGAUGCCAUGGGAGAUCGUCAUCCUGGUGGGAGGAGGCUAUGCACUUGCUGCUGGUUGCAAGGUGUCAGGCCUGUCAGUGUGGAUCGGCAGACAGCUGGAGCCCAUGAGUGGUCUUCCUCCCUGGGCCGUCACCCUGCUGGCUUGCCUGCUGGUAUCAGCGGUCACAGAGUUUGCCUCCAACCCGGCAACUCUCACCGUCUUCCUGCCCAUCCUGUCUGCGCUGUCAGAGACUCUGCACAUCAACCCCCUCCACACUUUGAUCCCAUCGACCAUGUGUGUGUCAUUUGGGGUCAUGCUUCCAGUUGGGAACCCUCCCAACGCCAUCGUCUUCAGCUACGGCCACGUGCAGAUCAGUGACAUGGUGAAAGCAGGCUUUGGGGUGAACCUGAUUGGUGUUGCAGUGGUAAUGUUGGCUAUAACCUCGUGGGGCGUUCCCCUAUUUAACCUGACUGAGUUCCCAGCCUGGGCAGUGGCCAGGAAUGUCACUGGGAGCUUAUAACCAGCGGUUUGAUGGGGCCAGAAGAGGGGAUGAGUCAGUGAGAGACAGAAAGAGAAA